AUGGGUGCCUGCGGAUCCUCGUGCUGCGGAGGCAAAUCGCGCGAUGGUCUCUACGAGCCGGUGCUGGCGGAGAGCGAACGAGAAGCUGUGGCAGAUUUGUUGCAGUACCUAGAAAAUCGUGGGGAGACCGACUUUUUCUCUGGCGAACCCUUACGAGCUCUGAGCACCCUGGUUUUCUCAGAUAACGUCGAUUUACAAAGGAGUGCAAGCUUGACAUUCGCGGAGAUCACAGAGAGAGAUGUUCGUGAGGUCGACCGUGACACCUUAGAGCCAAUUCUAUUUCUCUUACAAAGUCCGGAUAUCGAGGUUCAAAGAGCUGCUAGUGCUGCCUUAGGGAAUCUUGCCGUUAACACGGAGAACAAGGUCGCUAUCGUUCUGCUUGGUGGGCUUACACCUCUUAUCCGCCAAAUGAUGUCCCCAAACGUCGAAGUCCAAUGCAACGCGGUUGGGUGUAUUACGAACCUGGCAACCCACGAGGAUAACAAGGCCAAAAUUGCGCGGUCCGGCGCAUUAGGACCUCUUACUCGUCUGGCCAAAUCAAAAGAUAUGCGAGUGCAAAGAAAUGCUACAGGAGCUCUGCUCAACAUGACUCAUUCCGAUGAGAACCGACAGCAGCUCGUAAAUGCAGGAGCCAUUCCUGUGCUUGUCCAACUCCUCUCCUCCGCAGAUGUCGAUGUUCAAUACUACUGCACGACAGCUCUGAGCAACAUCGCCGUUGAUGCUAACAACCGGAAAAAGCUUGCCCAGAACGAAAACAGGCUUGUGCAGUCUUUGGUUAAUUUGAUGGAUUCUUCUUCGCCAAAGGUACAAUGCCAGGCGGCUCUUGCUUUAAGGAACCUUGCAUCCGACGAGAAAUAUCAACUCGAGAUCGUACGCGCCCGAGGUCUUGCUCCAUUACUCCGACUAUUACAAUCCUCAUACCUGCCUCUAAUCCUUUCGGCUGUCGCCUGUAUACGUAACAUCUCCAUUCACCCCCUCAAUGAAUCGCCUAUCAUCGAUGCAGGUUUCUUAAAGCCUCUGGUCGACCUUCUGGGAUCUACAGACAACGAAGAAAUUCAAUGUCACGCAAUUUCCACACUCAGAAAUUUGGCAGCCAGUUCUGAUCGCAACAAGGCCCUGGUACUGGAAGCCGGUGCCGUCCAGAAGUGCAAGCAGCUGGUUCUCGAUGUACCGUUGAGUGUGCAGUCCGAGAUGACUGCUGCUAUCGCUGUCUUGGCCCUCAGUGAUGAGCUGAAGACGCACUUGCUUAACUUGGGGGUAUUUGAAGUGCUCAUCCCGUUGACAGACUCUGAAAGCAUUGAGGUACAAGGCAAUAGUGCAGCAGCUUUGGGCAAUCUCUCCUCGAAAGUGGGAGACUACUCGAUCUUCAUUCAGGAUUGGACAGAACCAAACGGAGGUAUUCACGGCUACUUGAAGCGAUUCCUGGCAAGUGGAGACGCAACUUUCCAACACAUAGCAAUAUGGACUCUCCUGCAAUUAUUGGAAUCUGAGGACAAGAAACUCAUAAAUCUCAUCGGCAAGUCAGAGGAAAUCGUGCAGAUGAUCAAGACAAUUGCCGAUACUCAAAUCGAGUCCGACGACGAGGCUGAGGAAGACGGUGAAGGGGAGGUCGUCCAACUUGCCCAGCGGUCUCUGCAACUCCUCGGACAAAACAAGCCCGCCCAUAUCGAAGGCUGA